AUGGAGAGACUGCCAAGACUGAUCAAGCCCUCGGAUCGCUACCCCUUUCUGCUUCUCCACAUGGGCACCAAUGAUACUGCCAAGAAGGACCUUGAGCUGAUCACUGCAGACUACGUGGCUCUGGGAAGAAGGAUAAAGGAGUUUGAGGCGCAUGUGGUGUUCUCAUCCAUCCUCCCUGUGGAAGGAAAAGGCCCAGGUAGAGACUGUCGAAUCAUGGAAGUCAACGAAUGGGUGUGCCUACGGAGUGGUUGUUGCCUAUCCAAUUGUACAAUAAAGCCAGGUGCUGCCUGUAUUUCUGGACUUUGCUGCAAAAACUGUCAGUUUCAUAGACAAGGGAAAAUAUGCAGAGAAAGUAUUGGUGAGUGUGACCUUCCUGAGUACUGCAAUGGGACUUCAGACUGGUGCCCAGAGGAUGUAUUUAAGCAAGAUGGAACUCCAUGCGGUGACAAUGACUGUUGUUUCCAAGGGAGAUGCCGUAACCACGAGAGACAGUGCAAAGCUGUAUUUGGCAAAGUUCAAACCCCAGUUGAUGAUAUCUUGUGUUGGGGUACAGAAUUUAAUAGUGGGAGAGACACGGUGGAUGUUGGCUCAGUGGGAGAUGGCACCGCAUGUGGUGAUAACAAGAUAUGUAUAAACAGGACAUGUGUCAAUAUAACAAUUCUGGAUUACGAUUGUAAUUACACAAAAUGCAGUAACAGAGGGAUGUGCAACAGUAAGAAAAACUGCCAUUGUAAUUUUGGUUGGGCCCCUCCAGACUGUACAUUAAAAGGCUUUGGAGGAAGUGUUGACAGUGGACCCCCUCCGACUACCAGUACUGUCAGCCAUGCCUUUGUCACAUCCAGUCCAUACUACAGCAAUGUGGUCAGUUGGAGCUGCCCUUGA